AUGUUCCCAGAGGCUUCUUCGUGCUUCAUCAAAGCAGCAGAAGCAGCACAGAAGGCCAAAGACACACACACAGAAGCUUCGAUGUACGUGGAGGCGGGGAACUGCGUGCGGCGGUACUCCGUUGCUGCUGCUGCUCCUGUGUUUGAGAAGGGAAUAAAGUUGCUGCUGGCAGCAAACCGAGUUGCUGCAGCAGCAAAAGUGCACCGGCAGCUGGCUGAGGACUGGGAAGCAGCAGGAGAUGCAGCAGCAGCAGCAGCAAACUUCCUUGCUGCUGCUGAGCUCUUCGACUCCGACGAAUUCAGCAAAACUCAGUACUCUCAUUGCAUUUGCAAGUACGCGGAGUUGGUGGUGUGGGGUGCGGAGGCUCCUGCUGCUGCUGCUGCUGCUGCUGCAGCGCCUGCUGCUGCUGCUGCUGCAGCGCCUGCUGCUGCUGCUGCUGCUGCUGCGACGCUGGAAAAGGCAGCAAAGAUCUUCGAAACGGAAGGCUACAAAGCCUCGCAAAACAACUUGCUGCAGUUCGGAGCAAAAGAUUUGUUUUUAAAUUCUUUGCUGCUGCUGCUUGCUGCUGCUGCUGCUCGGGAAGAGCUGGUGGACCUGCAGCUGGCGCUGGCCCGCUACAGGGACUGCAACGCGCACUUUGCUGCCAGCAGGGAGCAGCAGCUGCUGCAGCAGCUGCUUGCUGCAGCAGAAGACAGAGACCCUGCUGCUUUUGCUGCUGCUGUUGAGGACUUCGACAAAGUCUCCAGACUCAGCCCCUGGAGAGUCCACUUCCUCCUCAAAGCCAAGCAGCAAAUUGAGCAGCAGCAGCAGCAGCAGCAGCAGCAGCAGCAGGCUCGUGGCGCCCCACACAUGCUGCCUGCUGUCGGAGACGACGGCGAGCUCGACCUCUCCUGA